AGUAGUGAGGGAGAAUCCUGUGCACGUGCCUCUCAUUGCCUCCAGCCUAUGGAGCAGGAACUCUCCUGAUUGGACGCCGCCCCUCUCAUUGACUCUCUCCAUGUGUCUGUCCGUACAACUCACUCCUCUACUUCCGGGUCCCGUCAUUUUCAUUCUCCCGCCGAUCAGCUCAACAAACUGAAUGUCGUAUCAGGAGCGGCAGUGAGUGCCCGAGACUCAAAUCCCUCCGCCUCCUACUGAGCCGCACAUUCUCCUCCGCACGCGGAAGCUCUUUGCUUGGGAUCUAUUGCUGUUUGGAACUAGUGGUCCGACCCUUUUAUAUUUAUUGCUCUGCUGCUUUUUUCUUCUCAUUUGGUUUCACUUCAUCAUUUGGAUCUAAAUUUCACUGUGUCACGUGUCACUGGGAAAAUAAUGAAAGAGACAGAGAUGUGCGGGGAUUUGUGAAGAAGAAGAAGAGGAGGAGAGAGAAGAGACAGAAGAGACAGGAGCAGCAGUUGUAUCUUCAUCAUCAAUAUUUCCAUCAUCUUCCUCCUCCUCCUCCUCCCCUGCCCCCCAAUGACCCCUCACUGAUGACAAGUUGGGCCUGUGAUUGACAAGUCAUGUCUGACCCCUCAUGUGUCUCUCCCCAGGGACAACACUGACCCCCAACUUGGCAUAUUUUUGGGCACUUUAUUUCCGCUCAUCAAAAACCAAAAACAACAAAAAGGAAGAAAAAAAUCCCACUAAACAACAACAAGCCCCGCCCCCGCGCUUCUCAAUCAACAUGUUUAUUUGAUACAUUUUCUCUUCUCGGUGUCGGAUAAGGGAUCUGUGUUGGAUUUCAGCAGGAACAAGAAAUAUUUGGGUUCUCACACCCCUCAGCCCCCCCCCCCCAUUGCUGGGACUCGGGAGGCUCCAUUGUGGGAGCGGGGGGUGAGGAGAGACCCCAGGACAUUUGUUUAUUGAUGGCGCAAAGGUUUGAUGAGUUACCUCACUAUGGAAUGGAUGGAGUGGGGGUUCCAACAUCAAUGUACGGCGACCCCCAUGCCCCUCGCCCUCUCCCGCCGGUGCAUCAUUUAAACCACGGGCCCCCCCUGCACAGCAGCCAACACUAUGGAGCACAUGCCCCUCACCCCAAUGUCUUGGGCACAAAUGUGGGAUCUGCUGUGAAUGAGGCGCUAAAGAGGGACAGAGAUUGUAUUUACGGACACCCCCUGUUCCCCCUGUUGGCUCUGGUUUUUGAGAAAUGUGAACUGGCGACUUGUACCCCGAGGGAGCCGGGAGUCGCAGGAGGAGACGUCUGUUCGUCCGACUCAUUUAAUGAAGACAUCGCUGUGUUCUCCAAACAGAUCAGAGCGGAGAAACCUUUCUUUUCUUCAAACCCGGAAUUGGAUAAUUUGAUGAUUCAGGCCAUCCAGGUCUUACGGUUUCACCUCUUGGAAUUAGAAAAGGUCCAUGAACUCUGUGAUAAUUUUUGCCAUCGAUACAUCAGCUGCUUGAAAGGAAAAAUGCCCAUAGAUCUAGUGAUUGAUGACAGGGACGGAAACUCCAAAUCUGACCACGAAGAAUUCUCUGGCUCCUCCACAAACCUCGCUGACCAUAAUCCUUCCUCGUGGCGAGAUCAUGAUGAUGCUGUUUCCACGCAUUCGGCAGGUACCCCAGGACCCUCGAGCGGUGGCCUUGCUUCCCAAAGCGGAGAUAACAGCAGUGAACAAGGUGAUGGGUUGGAUAACAGUUUGGCCUCUCCGGGCACAGGGGAUGAUGAUGACCCCGACAAGGAAAAAAAGAGGCAAAAGAAACGGGGCAUUUUCCCAAAAGUAGCAACAAACAUUAUGAGGGCGUGGCUUUUCCAGCAUCUCACGCAUCCGUACCCCUCAGAAGAACAGAAGAAGCAGUUGGCGCAGGAUACGGGACUGACUAUUUUGCAAGUUAACAACUGGUUUAUCAAUGCCAGGAGGCGAAUAGUACAACCAAUGAUUGACCAAUCAAAUCGAGCAGGUUUUCUUCUUGAUCCUUCAGUGAGCCAAGGAGCAGCAUAUAGUCCCGAGGGACAGCCAAUGGGAAGCUUUGUUUUAGACGGGCAGCAACACAUGGGAAUCAGGCCAGCGGGGCCUAUGAGUGGAAUGGGCAUGAACAUGGGAAUGGACGGCCAGUGGCACUAUAUGUAACACUUCUUUUGCGGCUCAAUCACGGGGAAGUGUAUGGCGUAUGCCAGGGUCUUUCUCAGGGUGGUCCUAUGAGUAUGUGCUUGGUACAAGCAGCUCACACUCUACAGUUGGCAUUAACCCUUUCCUCAAGACAUGGACCACCAGUGCCCUCCAUCUGCCCUGUCAGUAGCCAUUUGUACUCAGAGAGGAACUAGCCAGAAUGGCCACGUCAGCGCAAGCACCAACCCUUCUGGCCCAAGCUCUUGGCAUCAUAUUAUGGACAAGGAUCCCAUCCGUUAAAAGGAAAAAAAAAUUUAUUUAUGACUUUUGAACUUUGACCAGUUUUAUUCCAGACAGCUCUGAUUUUUUUUUAAAACAAACAAAAGAAAAAAAAGUAAUUUUUUUCAUCCUCAAAAAAAAGGACCAAUGAACCGAGAAGACAAAUGUGAAGUCGUGGGUUUCCCUUCAAAACCCAUUUGCAACCAGACACCCCUCAAGUCCCCUGUGGAAAGACUCAGAGAUAUAAAAACUACUGUAGGAGAAAUCAUAGGAACUAAAUUAACUUGUCCGUUUCUGUUCAUUGAAAUAGUUUUAGAAGAAACGGGGGAAAAAAAAAGAUAUCCUUGUUUUUUCCACACUAUGUGUGUUGUUUCCAAAAAGAAUGACUCGUGGAACGGACUAUUUCCACCCGUGACCAGUGCAGGGGAGAGAGAGGGUGAAACGUGGGGCCCCCCAGCACUAAAGGACAUUCCACUGGGACACUGCCUCCCCCUGAUGUGGGGCACCCCCUUUAUAUAGAAGGGGAAACCUGCAAUCUGGUCUUUGCACCAAAUGACUGAACUUUAUUGUAAAACUCAAAGAUUGGAGAAGAGACUGUGUGUGAACAAUGCGUGUGAGUGUGUGAGUGUAUGCCAGCAGCGAGAAAAUGCGAGUGUCGGCGAGAAAAUGCGACAGAGAUUACUGUAACAAGAUUUCGUUGAGAAUUCGUUCUAUUAAUAUUUCAUGUUAGAUAUUCUAUGUGUUACCUCAAUUGAAAGACAAAAAGCAGAAUGUUCUCCUGGUACCACCUGCUGUGGGGUCGGUAUUUUAUGUCUAUGGAUCAUUUGUUUCUCAGCACGUUCCUCAUUAGAGAAAAGACGCCGUUACCUGUGUCAGAUUUACAUGCAAUUCUUGUACGAGGACUGUGAGUUUAUGUUUAAAGACAGAAAAAGUGUUAAAUUCGGUAAUAAAUAUUUCAUUUUGGAUUUUG